CCCUCAUACACGGGACCCCCCGCAAUCACUCCCCUCAUACAGAGCUGUUUUGGGGGCCCUAUCUCAUGGGGCCCCGCGGUAUAGUCUGUGUAUGGGAUAUAGAUUCUAGGCCCCUAACAUGUCGUCCUUUUCCUCCUGGCCGGGCAGAUAUCUGACCCGGAACCUUUCUCCCGAGCUCUUGUUUCCUCCGGCGCUCACAAAUAACUGACCGGUUUCCAUAGUAACAGUGCGGCCUGUCUGUGCUGAUAGAUCCCCGGCCUGUCCUAGCUAUGCCCUGCCCGGCGCUGCUCCGUGGAAUCCCCGUCUUUCGUAGUCGCCUGUUCCCGCUCCUCGGCCCCAGGGGCCCCUGCAGGGGAGUUCACUAUGUGCAGGGCCACAGCCCCGAGCCCCGCGUCCGGGAGUACUUCUAUUAUAUCGACCACCAGGGGCAGCUCUUCCUCGAUGACGUCAAAGUCAAGAAUUUCAUCACUUGUUUUAAAGAUAAAAAAUUUCUUGUCUUUUUCUUCAAACAAGUUCAGAGGAACGAGAGCGGUCGAUACAUGGAGGAUUUCCCUUACAUCUCCCCCUGUGGCCGGGAGAGAAAUUACAUUCGCUGUGAUGACCGCCCAGUGGUCUUCACCCACCUUCUAAGUGAUGAGAGUUCCGGGGCCGAGCGCCUGUCAUACUGUGGAGGAGGGGACAAGCUCACGGUCCCAUUCCAGCCUGAGAAACUUGUCAUGUUACCCGACAACGGGCGAGUGUAUCACCCUGCCCCAGAGAAGGCUGGAGGGGUCGGACUGGUGAAGUCAUCACUGGCGUUUGAGCUGAGUCCUUGCUUUGAAUUUCCCGUAGGAUCCAAUUCUGGUACUCCCAUCUGUUUUUACUGGAAGGGAAAGCGCCAUGAUCUGACCAAUGAACUUCUCGCCCUCAUCUGAGACACAAGAAACCUGAUGAGAUUUCUUCUAGAUCCAGAAUGAAGUUCUCCUGGGAGAUGAAGCUUUUAUGGUGGAAGACGGCUAUUUAGGUGGUGAGGAGCAGGUAUCUUAUCCAUUGUGGAUGCUCAAUCUAGAUUAGGGCCACAGUCAUGUGGGUGGGAAGCAUUUUGCUCACUCAGCCCUACUCUCCCAUUCUGGCACCUUAAGUCUUCCAUCUUUUAGUGUUUGCUAUUGGGCUAUACCAUUCAUAGAGCAGGUGUAUGGGGUCUCCAAAGGCUGGCCUCCAUCUUUAUGGGCUUAUUUUGCUCUUGGUUUUCGACAGUGUCAUCCUACACAGUAGGAUUGAUAUUUCUGCACUUGAUUAUUUUGUUUGAUUUUGAGCAUUUAUGUUAUUUUUUUUUUUCUUAUUGUUUCAAAAAAACACAAAACAUUUUUGAGCUGAAUGUGUUCUUGCAGAAUUUACUGGGAAAAAAGUCAAUGAAAAGUUAACCAGCGCUCAGGAGUACACGCAGCAAAGUCCUGUCCCGGGUACAGUGUAACAUAUCUGGAGGACCGAGACGUAUGGUUGUCCUGGUGCUCCCGUCGAAUGGUUAUUAGAGAUCCUGCUAUGAGAAGUUUUGCUGUGAUUAUAGACCGUGGCUAAUAAGAGAGGUCGCAGCUUCAUCAUCCCAGCGGCCUGUAUGAUUCGGGCUCCUCUCUACACGCUACAUAUGUCUAUUCACUUACAAUAAAUAUGUCUCCAUAUUGUUGUAGCCUCUGGUCUUCCCUUGUCUGUAUGUGAUCAGCUGCUAUCGCUGUGUAUCACAAGGGAGGGGGCGCUGUCAGUGCAGAAAUGAUUGACGAAUGUGUCGUAAAUCACUGGUGGAGCAGGAUCUAGGGAUGUAUUCUGUGCUUCUCAUUUACCUUGGUAUAGGUGGAACUGUUAUCUGUAAAGGUGGCCAUGGACAUAGUAAUCCAUUGCUGUAAAUCUCUUGUCAUGCAGAGAUGUCACCAUGAUGGUAAAAUAUAUGUCUGGUUCAUCUACAAUGUGCAAGCAUAACCACAUAGAUCCCUUCAGAGAUGAGCGAGAAGGUCAUCUAUAUAGGUUGAUAUCACAAGGACAAAUGCAGAAUCUAUCUCAGCAUCAUAUAUUAUGGAGUCCCCUGGAUUAUGCUGCAGUCUACAUAUCAUGGAGAGCGAAGACUCUUGGCCUUCAGGGCUGGAUAUAGAAAGGUUAUAAAUCUGGAAGAUGAUUUUUACAUAGAGGCCUGAUGAGCGGAUGUAGCCUGAAUUCCCUGAGCUGGGAUCUGUGCGUAGCCGAGCAUCCGAUGGAGAAUGUGAUGUCUGUGACGCAGCUCAGUGCGGAUAUCACCUGACUACAGCAAGUGAACAUGUCUGGAAAUAUCGGGGUCAAUAUUAGCACCUGGAACUGUUAAGAGGGAUGCAGAACAUUAAGGGCUAUGGACACCUGUGCACUGAAUUUGGUUUAUUGUUAAUUUCUUGCCUGAAUUUAGGAAACUUACUAAAUAAUAUUUGUUAAAAAUGUCUUACUGUUUUGCUCAGAGGGAGAUAAGAAAAAUUUCUGAUGGCCUUUUCCCCUUCCUUGAUGAAAAGGGAGGAUGAUAUGCACAGGAGAUCAGAGUAGGGGGAGUAUACAUGGAGGGCAGCUCAUAGGCUGUAGAUACAGAGGAUAGCAUACAUGGAGCGUAGCUCACAGGCUGUAGAUACAGAGGAUAGCAUACAUGGAGCGUAGCUCACAGGCUGUAGAUACAGAGGAUAGCAUACAUGGAGCGUAGCUCACAGGCUGUAGAUACAGAGGAUAGCAUAUUAGGAGGGCAGCUCACACAGGCUGUAGAUACAGAGGAUAUCAUACAUGGAGGGCAGCUCACAGGCUGUAUAUACAGAGGAUAGCAUACAUGUAGGGCAGCUCACACAGGCUGUAGAUACAGAGGAUAUCAUACAUGGAGGGCAGCUCACAGGCUGUAUAUACAGAGGAUAGCAUACAUGUAGGGCAGCUCACACAGGCUGUAGAUACAGAGGAUAGCAUACAUGGAGGGCAGCUCACAGGCUGUAGAUAGAGGAUAGCAUUCAUGGAGCGUAGCUCACAGGCUAUAGAUACAGAGGAUAGCAUGUAUGGAGGACAGCUCACACAGGCUGUAGAUACAGAGGAUAGCAUAUAUGGAGGGCAGCUCACAGGCUGUAGAUACAGAGGAUAGCAUACAUGGAGCGUAGCUCACAGGCUGUAGAUACAGAGGAUAGCAUACAUGGAGCGUAGCUCACAGGCUAUAGAUACAGAGGAUAGCAUGUAUGGAGGGCAGCUCACACAGGCUGUAGAUACAGAGGAUAGCAUAUAUGGAGGGCAGCUCACAGGCUGUAGAUACAGAGGAUAGCAUAUUAGGAGGGCAGCUCACACAGGCUGUAGAUACAGAGGAUAUCAUACAUGGAGGGCAGCUCACAGGCUGUAUAUACACAGGAUAGCAUACAUGGAGGGCUGCUCACACAGGCUGUAGAUACAGAGGAUAGCAUAUAUGGAGGGCAGCUCACACAGGCUGUAGAAAUAGAGGAUAGCAUACAUGGAGGGCAGCUCACCCAGGCUGUAGAUACAGAGGAUAUCAUACAUGGAGGGCAGAUAGAUACAGAGGAUAUCAUACAUGGAGGUCAGAUCACAGGCUGUAGAUACAGAGGAUAGCAUACAUGAAUCGUAGCUCACAGGCUGUAGAUACAGAGGAUAGCAUAUAUGGAGGACAGCUCACACAGGCUUUAGAUACAGAGGAUAUCAUAUAUGGAGGGCAGCUCACACAAGCUGUAGAUACAGAGGAUAGCAUACAUGGAGGGCAGCUCACCCAGGCUGUAGAUACAGAGGAUAGCAUACAUGGAGGGCAGCUCACAGGCUGUAG